GUUUUAACACGUCAACACGUCCCUUAUCGGCAUUCGUUAGCAUUACACAAGAAUACCUGUAAAGCAGUAUAUGGUGACGAAAUAGCAGGUCGACAAUGCAUUCUGUAUCGGCUUCGUCGAGUCGAAUACUAUACGACGUGCCGUGUGCGGUGUGCAGUGAUCAUUCCUCAGGCAAGCACUACGGUGUGUUUGCCUGCGAUGGCUGCGCAGGAUUCUUCAAGCGAUCCGUGCGACGCGACCGACGCUACACGUGCAAAUCUCGGAACAACGGCGACUGCGUCGUUGAUAAAGCCCAUAGAAACCAAUGCCGCGCCUGCCGCCUACAGAAAUGUCUGAAGGUUGGCAUGAACAAAAAUGCUGUCCAGCAUGAGAGAGGCCCGCGAAAUUCCACCAUACGGCGCCAAAUGGCACUCUUUUUAAAAGAUCCACCGCCGGGCUCUGACGUGCCGGUACCAGGACCUCCUCCGCUGAAUCUAGCCUUACCAAAACAUACCAUGGUAGCACCGCCACCAUUGCCACUGUAUAAUCCAUACAAUUACCCGUCUAUGGGCAUAUUUAAUACUCCAAUUACUCCCAUGUUACGGAUGCCGCCGUCACCACCCAUAUUCAACCCGGCGAUGUUCAGGCCAAGCGACUCAUCAACAAUUUGUGAAUCAGCUGCUAGACUGCUUUUCAUGAACGUGCAGUGGUCUCAAAACCUUCCAGCAUUCGUUAAUCUUUCCAUGGAAGAUAGACUUGCUAUUCUUGAAAACUCUUGGAAAAAUCUUUUCAUUCUAGGGGCUGCUCAAUAUCUUUACCCCAUGGAUUUAAACAUGCUAGUAGAUAGGAACAAUUCAAUUGUAGUUAAUAAAAAAGAAAUUGAAUUCUUUGAAAAAUCAUUGGAGGAAAUUUCAAAUUUAAAUCCUGAUGCAAAUGAAUACGCUUGUCUCCGGGCCAUAAUGCUAUUCAAUAGUCACCUAGACAAGGACGGCGGCGGCAGUCCCAGCAGCACCGGCUCGGAGAACAAGAAACUGCAGAAAGUUGCCGCCGUUGCUCUCCUCGAGAAACAGUCAAUGCAUAUGUUGAAUGAGUAUUGUCUCCGGGCAUAUCCACUGCACCUGCGUAGGUCAAGCCGUCUCAUGGACCUCAUACCCAUCAUCAAGAACGUGCCAAGUUUUACCAUAGUCGAGCUGUUCUUCCGAGCUACUAUUGGUGACAUCCCAAUAGAACGGAUCCUAGCCGAUAUGUACACAAAAGGAAGAGCUGAAUAA